GCUCUCCCCCGACACACAAAACACACACCACACAACCCCAUUAUCACUGUAAAUAUAUAGAUACGGGCUACACCACCGCUGUGAGACGUGAACUGCGGUCAUGUCAGACUUCAUAGAGAGCGAGGCUGAGGAGUCAGAGGAAGAGUUUGAAGAGAAAGACCUAAAGCCCAAGAAAACCCAGAGGUUUAUGGAGGAUGAUGAUGAAGAGGAAGAAGAGAACACGGAGGAUCAGGAUGAGCAAGGAAAUUUACGUGGACUGAUUGAUGAUGGAGAUGAGGAGGCAGAGGAAGAGGAAGACCAAGAAAAAAAUCGAAGUGGAGGUGGCAGUGACUCUGAAGAGGAAGUUAGGCAUCGACGUAAAAAGCGCAAUUAUGACGACUACCUGGAUGAUGAUGAUCUUGACCUUAUUGAGGAAAAUUUGGGUGUUAAAGUGAAACGAAGGAAGAAGAAAUAUGACCGUGUGAAAACACUGGACGACGAUGAAGAAGAUGAUGAUGAGAAGGACUUAAUUGCAGAUGAAAUCUUCCAUGCUGAUGGAGAGGGCGAGCUGGAGGACGGUGAGACUGCCGAUGAACCUCUUCCGCAACAAGAUGAUGACGAGGAAGGAGAGGAUGAGGAGUCAGAUAUAGACGAUUUUAUUGUGGAUGAUGAUGGCCAACCCAUCACCAAAAAGAGGGGCAAGAAAUUCUCAGGAUACACAGAUGCAGCCCUCCAGGAGGCCCAGGAGAUUUUUGGUGGCGACUUCGACUUUGCUGACUUUGACGCAGAUGCCUACGACCAGGGUGAGGAGGAGGAAGAGGACCAGGAUGAAGAGGGCUGGGACAGACCCAAGAAACAGACCAAGAGGAGGCAAGGGAGGAAGAGCAUCUUUGAGAUCUACGAGCCCAGUGAGCUGGAAAGUAGUCACAUGACUGACCAAGACAAUGAGAUCCGCUCCACAGACAUGCCCGAGAGGUUCCAGUUAAGGUCCAUCCCUGUUAAACCUGCUGAAGAUGAUGAGUUGGAAGAGGAAGCCGAGUGGAUCUUCAGACAUGGUUUCUCCACCCUAACUAUCUCCAUGCAGGAGAGCACAGAUUAUCUUGACAGAGGGACCACCACAAACUUCAGCAGGAAAGGCCCCAGCACAAUUGCCAAGAUCAAAGAGGCUCUCAACUUCAUGAGGAAUCAACAGUUUGAGGUUCCAUUCAUAGCUUUUUACAGGAAAGAAUAUGUGGAGCCAGAGCUAAACAUCAAUGACCUGUGGAAGGUGUGGCAGUGGGAUGAAAAGUGGACUCAACUGAAGACCCGCAAGCAGAACCUGACCCGUCUGUUCCAGAAGAUGCAGUCCUUCCAAUUUGAGCAGAUCUCUGCAGACCCUGACAAACCUUUAGCUGACGGCAUCCGUCCUCUGGACACCGCUGACAUGGAAAGACUGAAAGAUGUGCAGACGCUUGAAGAGCUGGGUGAUGUGUACAACCACUUUCUGCUCUACUAUGGCCGAGACAUUCCCAAGAUGCAGAAUGCCGCUAAGGCCGGCAAGAAGAGGCUCAAGAAGAUCAAAGAAGAGACAGAGGAUGGUGAUGAGGAGGAAUUGGAGGUGGAAGAAGAAGAGGAACAGAAAGGACCUGACCUGAAGCUGGCGUCUCGAAGGGAUAUGUACAGCAUCUGUCAGAGCGUGGGACUUGAUGGCCUGGCUAAAAAGUUUGGGUUGACUCCAGAGCAGUUUGGAGAAAAUCUGAGAGACAGUUACCAGCGUCACGAGACAGAGCAGUUCCCCGCUGAGCCUGUAGAGCUGGCCAAAGAUUAUGUCUGCAGUCAGUUCAGCACUCCUGAGGCUGUGCUGGAAGGGACCAGGUACAUGGUGGCCAUGCAGAUUGCUCGAGAACCUCUGGUCAGACACGUUCUCCGACAGACCUUUCAGGAGAGGGCCAAGAUCAACAUCAAGCCUACGAAGAAAGGCAAAAAGGAAAUAGACGAGGCUCACUUUGCCUACUCCUUCAAGUAUCUGAAGAACAAGGCUGUAAAAGAGCUGAACGGGGAUCAGUUCUUGAAGAUGUGCCUGGCAGAGGACGAGGGACUGCUUACCAUUGACAUCUGUAUAGACCUUAUCGGGGUCAAAGGGUUCGCUGGGGACCAGACAUACUUUGAUGAGAUCAAACAGUUUUACUACAGGGACGAGUUCAGUCACCAGGUGCAGGAGUGGAACAGGCAGCGAACCUUAGCUAUAGAGCGAUCUCUCACUCAGUUCCUAUACCCUCAGAUGGCCAAGGAGCUCAAGAGCAAACUGGUCGCUGAGGCCAAGGAGAGCAUUGUCAGGUCCUGCUGUCGCCGGUUGUAUAACUGGCUUAAGGUGGCUCCUUAUAGGCCAGAUCAGCAGGUUGAGGAAGACGAUGAUCUGAUGGAUGAGAGUCAGGGCAAAGGCAUUCGGGUGCUUGGUGUUGCCUAUGCACCCAGCAGAGAUACUCCAGUUUUCUGUGCUCUGAUCAAUGGAGAAGGGGAGGUGGUGGACUUCCUGCGUCUGCCCUACUUCAUGAAAAGGAGGAAUGCGUUCAGGGAGGAUGAGAGAGAGAAGAAGAACCAGGACAUUGAAAAUCUAAAGAAGUUUCUGUCCAGCAAGAAACCUCAUGUGGUAGCUGUUGCUGGGGAGACCAGAGAUGCCCAAAUGAUCAUGGAGGACUUCAAGAGGACUAUCAGCGAGCUUGAGCAAGAGUCCGCUCUGCCAGCUGUGGGAGUGGAACUUGUUGACAAUGAAUUGGCCACACUGUACAUGAACAGCAAGAAGUCUGAGGUUGAUUAUAGGGAUUACCCUCCAUUGCUGCGACAGGCUGUGUCGAUAGCUAGGAAGAUCCAGGAUCCCUUGAUAGAGUACGCUCAGGUCUGCAGCACUGACGAUGACAUUCUCUGCCUCAAACUGCACCCACUGCAGGAACAUGUGGUGAAGGAGGAUCUUCUCUGUGCUCUCUACUGUGAAUUCAUCAAUCGAGUCAAUGAGGUUGGAGUGGAUGUGAACAAGGCCAUCGCCCAUCCUCACACUCAGAGCCUGGUCCAGUAUGUUUGCGGUUUGGGACCAAGGAAGGGCUCCCACCUGCUCAAGAUUCUAAAGCAGAACAACACUCGUCUGGAAAACAGAACCCAGCUGGUCACAAUGUGUCACAUGGGGCCCAAGGUUUUUAUCAACUGUGCUGGUUUCAUCAAGAUCGACACUGCAUCGCUUGGAGACAGUACUGACUCCUACAUUGAGGUUCUGGAUGGGUCUCGUGUCCACCCUGAGACUUAUGAGUGGGCCCGCAAGAUGGCUGUCGACGCCCUUGAGUAUGAUGAGUCGGCAGAAGACGCCAACCCAGCUGGAGCUCUGGAGGAGAUCUUGGAAAAUCCGGAGCGUCUCAAAGAUCUGGACCUGGAUGCCUUCGCUGAAGAGCUCGAGAGACAGGGUUAUGGCAACAAGGGAAUUACUCUGUAUGAUAUUCGUGCAGAGUUGAGCUGCAGAUAUAAAGACCUCAGAGUUCCCUACAGAGUCCCAAACACUGAGGAGGUAUUCAACAUGCUCACCAAGGAGACUCCAGAGACCUUUUAUAUUGGUAAGCUGAUCACCAGCGUAGUAACUGGUAUUGCUCACCGGCGGCCUCAGGGAGAGAGCUACGACCAGGCCAUCCGUAACGACUCCACGGGUCUGUGGCAGUGUCCCUUCUGUCAGCAGGACAACUUCCCAGAACUCAGCGAGGUGUGGAACCACUUUGACAGCGGUUCCUGUCCAGGUCAGGCUAUUGGAGUGCGGUCCAGAUUAGAUAACGGCGUCCAGGGAUUCAUUCCCACCAAGUUUCUCAGUGACAAAGUGGUCAAACACCCUGAGGAGAGGGUGAAGGUGGGCAUGACAGUUCACUGCCGCAUCAUGAAAAUCGACAUUGAGAAAUUCAGUGUGGAUCUAACAUGCCGCACCUCAGAUUUGAUGGACAAGGCCAACGAGUGGAAGCUCCCGAAGGACACCUACUAUGACUUUGACACAGAGUCCGAAGACCAAAAACACGAGGAGGAGCUUAAGAAGAAACAGCAACGAACACCAUACAUAAAGCGUGUGAUCGCCCACCCCAACUUCCACAAUAUCAGUUUCAACCAGGCAGAGAAGAUGAUGGAGGCCCUAGACCAAGGAGACUUGAUUAUCAGACCCAGCAGCAAGGGAGAGAACCACCUCACCGUCACCUGGAAAGUGGCUGAUGGUAUCUACCAACACGUGGAUGUGAGAGAAGAAGGCAAAGAGAAUGCAUUCAGCUUAGGGCACACUCUCUGGAUCAACAGUGAAGAGUUUGAAGAUCUGGAUGAAAUCACGGCUCGCUACAUUCAGCCAAUGGCAUCAUUUGCCCGAGAUCUACUGGGGCAUAAGUACUUUCAGGAGUGCCACGGGGGCAGCAAGGAGAAAAUGGAGGAGUUAUUGGUUAAGACGAAGAGGGAGAAGCCUACUUUUAUUCCUUACUUUAUUUCGGCAUGUAAAGACCUGCCAGGAAAGUUCAUACUGGGCUACCAGCCUCGUGGAAAACCACGCAUUGAAUAUGUGACCAUCACCCCGGAUGGCUUCCGUUACCGUUCACAGAUAUUUCCUACAGUGAAUGGUUUAUUCCGCUGGUUUAAGGACCAUUACCAAGAGCCUGUUCCAGGCAUCACGCCCAGCAACAGCAGUCGAACAAGGACACCUGCAUCCCUGAACGCAACCCCAGCAAAUAUCAACAUUGCAGACUUGACGCGAGCUGUCAACGCCCUCCCACGCAACAUGACCUCUCAGAUGUUCAGUGCCAUCGCUGCAGUCACAGGCCAGGGCCAGAACCCAAACACCACCCCCGCACAGUGGGGAUCCAGUCAGUACGGCUACGGUGGCAGCACAGGAGGAGGAGGAGGAGGAGGGAGCUCCUCUGCUUAUCAUGUGUUUGCCACACCUCAGCAGCCCAUUGCCACGCCCAUGAUGACACCCAGCUACUCCUACACCACUCCGAGCCAGCAGGCCCUGGGCACACCGCAGUACCCUGGCUCCACCCCACAGUCCUCACACUCUCACGCCCACCCACACGGAGGCCACGCAUCACACCACAGCCAUCACGGCCACAGCAGUCACCACGGCCACUCCUCGGGCACGCCGUCAUCCUCCACGUCAUCCAGAGGAAGGACACCACAGCAGCAGCCAAAGCCGAGCAGCAGCAACACCUCUGCAGUGGACUGGGGCAAGAUGGCGGAGCAGUGGCUGAAGGAGAAAGAAGCAGAGGGACGGAAGAAAGCCCAGAGGAUGACGCCACGACCAUCCCCCAGCCCCAUGAUCGAGAGCACACCCAUGUCCAUCGCCGGAGACGCCACACCCCUGCUGGAUGAAAUGGAUCGAUAGGACAUGUAGGGGGGCGUUGACACAUCCCCCUCCCUCCCUGCCCAACUCCAUCCUUUGUACUGCUUCUUCAUCUGGAUAACCCACCCAACCCUCCACCGUUUGUCUGUCCCACAGUCCAUCCAGCUGACUCCACUCAUACGUUCUCUCCGUCUCUUAUUAUUGUAGUUCCAGUUCAUCAGUCUGGUAUCAUGGCCCAUCUCAACUCAUGCCUUCCUCUUGUCCUCCUGUCUACACUCUCAUCCCGAAUGUUUCACCUCCUCACCUCCAGCCAACUCCUCUGGCUGCAAAGUGUUUUGUAUAGUCAGACUAACACUGUAUAUGUCACACAGAAAGUCAGUACAAUGAAAAAAACGAAAAACUUGAAAUAUCUGACAGCAGUUACAUAUAGGAUAUGGACCUACACAGACUGUCAUACGAGCUGUCCUGCUAUCCUUAUUUUUGCGAUUUGUUUUAGUUUGAUCCAUGAAUGGUUUUGACAGAGGGGCACAGUUACAGUUUGAAGAACCCACUCUUCCUCCUUAAGGGUUGGUGGGUUUUUGCGAACUGUUGCCAAAAGAGCGCCUUGCCAAGCCAAUCAGGAAAUUGAAUUUUGUAUGGAAUGCGUCAGAAUGAAUAAAGACUUGUUUUUUUUCCUGUUUCAAUCUUAAGCCUCCACUCUGCACAUUUUUAACACGCACACACAAACACACGCCGAGUGUGAGGGACAAGACUGAUUUGAGAAGCAAAAUUAAUUCAAGGAGGAAGUUUAAUGUCAGCUUGGGUUUCUGUCAUACAUGACUUACUACUUGUCUGUACCACAUGCUGUAUUAUGAUCAGUUGGCUGUAUUUUGGCUCCUGUAUAUAGUCCAAUGUAUUGUAAACUCUAUCUGAAAAUAAUGAGUGGACGUCAUGUCACACAAAGGUAAAAGUGCUUGUUUUUGGUUAAUUGGUAUAAAUUCAUGCGAGGCUAUGCAUAAGAAUGUAGUCCACGUUUUAAAGCUGUUGAUUUUAGCAACAAAGUUUCCCAGUGGGCUUACCUCGCUGUGUCAAGAGAGCGUUCAUGGUAGUUUGUCAGAGGGAAACUUUAGAAGUUUACUUAAACAUGACAUCCAGUUAUCAUCGUACACCACUGCUGCAUUUCAGUCCCAGAUAGUAUCACUUUCCACUUGUCCAAGAUCCAACAGGAUGAACCCCCAAAAAAUGCAGUUUACAUAUCAGGACAGGUGUUCUUCACAAAAAUAUGUUUAUGAAGAUUAAGAUGUUUCAGUGGAUAAGUUUUAAUUAUUUUAAAAGAAACCAUAACACUAUAAGCAGACGAUACUAUCAAACUGACUAUCCACUGUGUUUAUAUUCCUAAUUCUGUAUAAUACUCUCAACUGCACGCAGUUAUUUCAGUAGAAUGAAUUCAUUGUUGAAAAGACAUCUUUUGUGAUCGUCGUACCCCAGUUUAAGGUCACUCUGCAUCCCUAUUUGACUUAUGCAUCCUUUCUUUUUUUCUGCUGUGCCACAGUACAAACAAGCAGCGCUGGUAUUCAAUGAUGUGCUUCAUUUUGCAGUGUGCAAGAGUAUCAUGGUCCCAUAAUAUGCAUAUUGGUAUAUUUAAUAACGAUUUUAGAGUAAACUCAAUUGGUUUUACGCCUCUUGCCAGAUUAAUAUAUCAUAUCUUUCUCGAUGAGGCUGUGAUUGGUUGUCGGCAGCAGUUGGUGAUCGAGAGAGAAAUUAUGUCUGGCACUGCUGAUGACCUUUUCUACCUGUGAUCCCUUUAAUAAA